CGACGCCGGCGGGCCCGGGAGCCUCGCGGACGUGACGCCGCGGGCGGAAGUGACGUUUUCCCGCGGUUGGACGCGGCGCUCGGUUGCCGGGCGGGGGAGGGCCAGUCCGGUUUUCCUCAGGGGACGUUCAAAUUAUUUUUGUAACGGGAGUCGGCACAGGACGGGGCGUGCCCGACGCGCGCGCGUCCUCCCUCCCCGGCCCUCCUCCAGCGUCCGCCGGCGCCUGCCCCGCGAGGGCGUCAUGCCGCCCAAAGCCCCCCGGAGAGCAGCCGCCGCCGCCGCCGCCGCUGCUGCCGCCGCCGCCGCCGCCGUCGCGGAGCCCCAGCCGCCGCCCCCGCCGCCGCCUCCUGAGGAGGACCCGGAGCAGGACAGCGGCCCCGAGGACCUGCCUCUGGCCAGGCUUGAGUUUGAAGAAACUGAAGAACCUGAUUUUACUGCAUUAUGUCAGAAAUUAAAGAUACCAGAUCAUGUCAGAGAAAGAGCUUGGUUAACUUGGGAGAAAGUUUCAUCUGUGGAUGGAGUAUUGGAAGGUUAUGUUCAAAAGAAGAAGGAACUAUGGGGAAUCUGUAUCUUUAUUGCAGCAGUUGACCUAGAUGAGAUGCCAUUCACCUUCACUGAGCUGCAGAAAAACAUAGAAACCAGUGUCUGUAAAUUCUUUGACUUACUAAAAGAAAUUGAUACCAGUACCAAAGUUGAUAAUGUUAUGUCAAGACUGUUGAAGAAGUAUGAUGUGUUGUGUGCACUCUACAGCAAAUUAGAAAGGACAUGUGAACUUAUAUAUUUGUCACAACCCAGCAGUUCGAUAUCUACUGAAAUAAAUGCUUUGUUGGUGCUAAAAGUUUCUUGGAUUACAUUUUUACUAGCCAAAGGGAAAGUUUUACAAAUGGAAGAUGAUCUGGUGAUCUCAUUUCAGUUAAUGCUAUGUGUCCUUGACUAUUUUAUCAAACUCUCACCUCCUGCAUUGCUCAAAGAACCAUAUAAAACAGCUGUAAUACCUAUUAAUGGUUCACCUCGAACACCAAGGCGAGGUCAGAACAGGAGUGCACGGAUAGCAAAACAACUAGAAAAUGAUACAAGAAUUAUUGAAGUUCUCUGUAAAGAACAUGAAUGUAAUAUAGAUGAGGUGAAAAAUGUUUAUUUCAAAAAUUUUAUACCUUUUAUGAAUUCUCUUGGAAUUGUAGCUUCUAAUGGACUUCCAGAGGUGGAAAGUCUCUCUAAACAAUAUGAAGAAAUUUACCUUAAAAACAAAGAUCUAGAUGCAAGAUUAUUUCUGGAUCAUGAUAGAACUCUUCAGGCUGAUCCUACUGACAGUUUUGAAAUGCAGAGAACACCACGAAAAAAUAACCCUGAUGAAGAGGCGAAUGUGAUUCUUCCACAGACUCCAGUUAGGACUGUUAUGAAUACUAUCCAACAAUUAAUGAUGAUCUUAAAUUCAGCAAGUGAUCAACCGUCAGAAAAUCUGAUUUCCUAUUUUAAUAAUUGCACAGUGAAUCCAAAGGAAAGUAUCCUGAAAAGAGUAAAGGAUAUUGGGUACAUCUUUAAAGAGAAAUUUGCUAAAGCUGUGGGACAGGGGUGUAUGGAAAUUGGAUCGCAGCGAUACAAACUUGGAGUCCGAUUGUAUUACCGAGUAAUGGAAUCCAUGCUUAAAUCAGAAGAAGAACGAUUAUCCAUUCAAAAUUUUAGCAAACUCCUGAAUGACAACAUCUUUCAUAUGUCUUUGUUGGCAUGCGCUCUUGAGGUUGUAAUGGCUACAUAUAGCAGAAGUACAUCUCAGAAUCUGGAUACUGGAACCGAUUUGUCCUUCCCAUGGAUUCUGAAUGUACUUAAUUUAAAAGCUUUUGAUUUUUACAAAGUGAUUGAAAGUUUUAUCAAAGCAGAAGCCAACUUGACCAGAGAAAUGAUUAAACAUUUAGAACGCUGUGAACAUCGAAUCAUGGAAUCCCUUGCAUGGCUCUCCGAUUCACCUUUAUUUGAUCUUAUUAAACAAGCAAAGGACCGAGAAGGACCAGCUGAUCACCUUGAACCUGCUUGUACUCUUAACCUUCCUCUCCAGAAUAAUCACACUGCAGCAGAUAUGUAUCUUUCUCCUGUAAGAUCCCCAAAGAAAAAAGGGUCAACUACACGUGUAAAUUCUACUGCAAAUUCAGAGGCACAAGCAACCUCAGCCUUCCAGACUCAGAAGCCAUUGAAAUCUACCUCCCUUUCACUCUUUUACAAAAAAGUAUAUCGACUAGCAUAUCUUCGACUAAAUACCCUGUGUGCACGCCUUCUGUCUGACCACCCAGAACUAGAACAUAUUAUCUGGACCCUUUUCCAACACACACUGCAAAAUGAGUAUGAACUCAUGAGAGACAGGCAUUUGGACCAGAUUAUGAUGUGUUCCAUGUAUGGCAUAUGCAAAGUGAAGAAUAUAGACCUUAAAUUCAAAAUCAUUGUAACAGCUUACAAAGAUCUUCCUCAUGCUGUUCAGGAGACAUUCAAACGUGUUUUGAUCAGAGAAGAGGAGUAUGAUUCCAUUAUUGUAUUCUACAAUUCCGUCUUCAUGCAGAGACUGAAAACAAAUAUUUUACAGUAUGCUUCCACCAGGCCCCCUACCUUGUCACCAAUUCCUCACAUUCCUCGAAGCCCUUACAAGUUUUCUAGUUCACCUUUACGGAUUCCUGGGGGGAACAUCUAUAUAUCACCCCUAAAGAAUCCGUAUAAAAUUUCAGAAGGUCUGCCUACGCCAACAAAAAUGACUCCAAGAUCAAGAAUCUUAGUAUCAAUUGGUGAAUCAUUUGGGACUUCUGAGAAGUUCCAGAAAAUAAAUCAAAUGGUGUGUAACAGCGACCGCGUGCUCAAAAGAAGUGCUGACGGAAGCAACCCUCCUAAACCACUGAAAAAACUGCGCUUUGACAUUGAAGGAUCAGAUGAAGCAGAUGGAAGUAAACAUCUCCCAGGGGAGUCCAAAUUUCAACAGAAACUGGCAGAAAUGAUGGUAUUAACAUUUCCUCAUCCUUUUUUUAGCAUCUACUCGAACACGAAUGCAAAAGCAGAAAAUGAAUGAUAGCACGGAUACCUCAAACAGGGAAGAAAAGUGAGGCCCUUACGACCUUGGUGGGCACCCUGUACGCCUCCGGCUUCAUUGUCUCCCACAGAUCUGACUGUAGAACUCUCCCAGGUUCUGUUUACGGCCGCAUUUGAUACAUACUUUUAGCUCUUAUGGUGGAUAGCACAGUUGAGUAUUCAUACAGGGGAUUCCUAAGCCACUAGAACAUGCAUUGUUAUUGUACAAGAUUGAAAAUCUUGUGUCAAUCCUGCCAUUUAAAACACUGUAGCAGAUGUUUCCAUUUCCAAAGUACAGUAAGUCCCACACAUACAAACCUUCAAGAUGCGAACUUUCAAAGAUGCGAACAAUUGAAUCCUCCAGCAAGGAACCAGAACCUGGCCCAUCCAUGUCAGGCGAGAGUGACAUUGCAGCUUGCCCUCUGUCUCCUAUUGCCAACGAUCCUUCAGCUCUACCAUCUCCCGCCUCCUCUCCCUCCUCCAGUCAGUAACUCUUCUUGCCUGCUCACUCCAUGCCAGCCCUGUGUGCCAGCUGUUGUACUGUACUACUGUACUUUUCAAGGUACUGUACUGUAAGAUUAAACAUGUGUUCUUUAUUUUUUGUGUUUGUUUUUUAUGUGUUAUUUGUGUGAAAAGUAUUAUAAACCUAUUACAGUACAGUACUAUAUAGUUGAUUGUAUUAGUUGGGUACCUAGGCUAACUUUGUUGGAACUUACAAACGAAUUGGACUUAAAAACACACUCUCAGAAUGGAACUUGUUCACAUGUAGGGGACUUACUUAUACUUGCUCUGCUUUACAAAUGGUGGCAGGAUCCCCUGGGAGUAAGAGUCCUCAGAGCCUGUGCCUAUCUGAAUACUUUUGUCUUCUCUUGUGGCAUGUAUGUGAUGUUUGCUAUUAUUUUUAUUAAUUUAUAUUUAUUUUUUUUAAUUUAACAUGAACACCCUUAGAAAUUGCGUCUUGUCUUGCAAAUGCAAUUUGGCUGACUGCCCCCAUUCACCCAAAUGAUCCUGAAUUCCUGUGCUAAAACAGAUAUUAGAAACUAGGGGGAAAUUACUAACUUUUACAUACUAGAUUUUAGUUUACUAAUGGAAACUAAAUGGAUGUACUAUGUGUUUGUUUUAUAAAUUCUAGUUUUAAAAUACAAACAAAGCAAAGUAUAAACAUAUGAGAUGCUGUCAUACUACUGAUACAGAUUUCAUACCUCAGGACUUGUAAGAAUUUAUUGAUUCUUUUCUUCAUCCAACUCAUGCUUUAAAAUAAAGAAUUAUUAUUAGUACUUUUGGUUUUUAUACCAUUCAGAUCACUGAAUUCAUGAGGUACCCAUCUAGUGCUUCGAAAAUAAAGUGUUCAGCUAGAGCUUUGCUAUAGAGGACCCUAAUACAGUAUAUCCCAAGUGCACUUUCUAACGUUUCUGGGUCCUGAAGAAUCAAGAUACAAAAUAAUUUUACUCCACAAACAGACUGUUAACUAUAGGAGCCUUAAUUUUUUUCUUGGAGAGUUAUCUAAUUACAUCUCAGCAGUUAUUCUGCCCUCCUGAAUUUGGGAAGAGGGUGUGUUUUUUCUGGAAUGGUACAUGUCUUCCAUGUAUCUUUUGAACUAGCAGUUGUCCUAUUUUUUUUUUUUUUUUUCUCUCUCAAUUCAGCAUGGUCUAACACUGGCACAUUCAAAGCCACAUUAUUUCUAGUCCAAAAUGCAGGUAAUGAAAGGUCUUUGGGUUAGGCAUUAAUGUUCCUCUAUGAUAUUGUGCAAAAGCUUCAAAUUAAAAUAAAUAGCUACGUUAGAAAAAGAGGCGCUCCCCUCCCACACACCUAAAGGUGUAUUUAAACUAUCUUGUGUGAUUAACUUAUUUAGAGAUGGUAUAAUUUAAAAUAGGUGGUAUUUAAGGUAGUAGUAUCUACUAGCUUUUAGGAAAAUUAUUUUGUCUAAACUCAGAGUUCUUUUUAAAAAGAAAUCUGGUCUUGUUAGAAAACAGAAUUUUAUUUUGUGCUCAAUUAAGUUGCAAACUUAUUUUUUUGACAGUUAUCUUGAUAACAAAGGCACUAGGAAGCUUUAUCUCAUUUCCUCCCUCAUUUUUGCAUGAGUAUCAUACAAAUCAGUUUUUAGGUUAAGGGCUUACCACAUUUCUGGGUCUUUUGCUAAUAAGUUCAUGUUAGAAUUAGUGUCGGAAGUUAAGGAAUUUCAGAGAUCGUGUAUUGAGAUUUCUUAAAUAAGGCUUCAGAUAUUGCUUUAUUGCUUUUUGUAUUGGUUAAAAUUGUACAUUUAAAAUUGCUGUGUUACUAUUUUCUACAAUUAACAAUAGUUUGUCUAUUUUUAAAUAAAUUAGUUGUUAAGAGUC